AUGAAUAGUGAGCUUCUUGCAAAUAUUGCUCUGGCAGGUCUAACUUUGGCACCACUGGUUGUGAAGGUAGACCCAAAUUUAAAUGUCAUUUUGACAGCUUGCCUCGCAGUUUAUGUGGGUUGCUACCGCUCUGUCAAGCCUACUCCACCUUCAGAGACAAUGUCCAAUGAACAUGCCAUGCGGUUCCCUUUGGUUGGGAGUGCCAUGCUAUUGUCAUUGUUCUUACUUUUCAAGUUUUUAUCGAAAGACUUGGUUAAUGCUGUACUGACGUGCUACUUCUUUGUCCUUGGGAUUGUCGCUCUUUCGGCAACUUUGUUACCUGCAAUUAGACGUUUUUUGCCAACGCAUUGGAAUGAAGAUGUUGUAGUCUGGCAUUUUCCAUACUUCCGCUGUGCUCAAUGCCUGGAUUUUGUACAUGGGAUUGAUAUUCACAGUGUCCUUUCCACUUCUAUUAUUAAUAGUACUCACUUGUCUCCUAUCAGAAAAAUAGAAAGAUUGAUGCUGACAGUGCCUGCUAAUUUGACAAGGGUUCAGUGCUAUUCUGCUGUGAAGUUAGAGUUUACACUGGCUUAUAGUCGUUUCAUGUGUUAA